AUGUCAUCAAACACACUUACUAAAAGAUCAAAUACAUCUCCAUCCUCAUCAUCAUCCUCCUCUUCAUCUCUGGUUGCAGAGCAAUCUGAUUCCAUUUCAAUCACCAACACUGAGAAGAUGGCCACCACCUCUUCAAAUAUAUCGACAUCCACCCCAGCCAAGCCUGUUAGUAGGUGGUAUGGCUGGUGGAUACGCUUUGCUUCCACAGUGGCAAUGUUUGCUACCUCGAUCUCUGUGAUAUAUGCCGGACAUUUGGUGACAAGUGCUGUCAUCUUCUUAUCCAACGUCAUUGUCUACAAAGAGAUCAGUACACUGAGCCGUCUGCAAACACACAAGGUCCAAUUGUCAUGGUUCUCGAGGGCUCUGAACUGGUACUUCUUCCUUGGCGCCAACUACUUUAUGAUCGGUCGUAUAUUCUAUGGACACUUUGCCAACUACUUCCAUACCACCGACAACGAGGUCCUUUCAUUCCUGUCCUACUACCAUAUCCUGAUCAGCUUCAUAAUGUACAUUGUUGGCUUUGUCCUGUUUGUAAUGACAUUGGAGGUGGGCAAGUACAAGCAACAGUUCAUUCAAUUGGCUUGGACACACAUGACCAUUAUUUCCACCGCUGCCCAGACCACCCUUUGGAUCUCCAACAUCUUCCAAGGAUUCAUUUGGUUCAUUCUGCCCACCAGUCUGGUCAUCUUGAAUGAUAUAUUCGCCUACGUGUUUGGUUUCUUCUUUGGAAAGACCCAACUUAUCGCAGUGAGUCCCAAGAAGACCUGGGAGGGAUUCAUCGGAGGCAUGUUCACCACCCUCAUCGGCUCAAUACUCCUGGCCCACUACUUCUCUGGCUAUAGCUGGAUGAUCUGUCCCAAGACCGACCUGAUCCUUCAUCCCACCACAUGUGUGCCAUCGGCCAUGUUCACCCGAACUACUACACCAGUGUUCAAAUGGCUUGUACCCUAUAUGUUUGGUAUCGAGUCGUUGCCAGUGUCACCGAUCAUUCUUCAUGCCUUUGUACUUGGUCUGUUUGCCUCGCUGGUGGCACCAUAUGGAGGAUUCUUUGCCAGUGGUCUAAAGAGAGCAUUUGGAAUCAAAGACUUUGGCUCGUCAAUCCCAGGUCAUGGAGGAAUCACAGACAGAACCGACUGUCAGUUCUUCAUGGGCACCUUCACCUACAUCUAUCUCUACACGUUUAUAAGUCGUCUGCCUGCCGUAGCCACUAUUCUCCAACGAGUAUCAUCACUAUCACCCAAGGACCAACUGGAUAUCUAUAUGAAGUUACAGUCCACUCUAUUGGAAAGUGGUUUAUUGGUAAACUAA